UAUAAUUAACUGCGCUUUAACUUUAAAGGCACUUUUGGCGUAUUUUCCUCCUUUGCGUGAAUGAGGAAAGUUGAGUGGGAACGGAGGAAAUAUGCGGUUGAGGUGUAACGUGUUCUGCCUAUUCACUUCCAACGACUCGUCCACAAAUCUAGUCACGGUACUCACGGUCAACGAACUUGAACCACUUCCUGGUUCCUUCCAUCAGUGGAUCAAUCGAUUUCAAGAAAUAUGCUUUCCGGUCGCUUUAUGGUACUUCUUGAAAACCAUAUUAGGCGGCGUCCUGCAUCUUUUACUUCCCUGUAUAAGAAAGUAGGUUGACGAGUGACCGUAGCGAUAGAGAAGAGGAAGGAUGCGGUUGCGGGUGCAGGAAGCUGGACCAUAGGAUUCGGGGUUUAACCAGAUUUCUAUGACGCGAGACGGAAUGCCUCCUGGCCGGCGAUUAUUCUUCAUUCGCGGUUUGCUCGUUCUUGCGCAAGGGUCGUGGCCGAGAUUCUACGAAUCCACGGCAAGUAAACGGAAUCCAAGGUGAACGGUCCCGAAUCACCCGGUGCUCGGCCAGGUCGCUUCCGUGUUCACGGCUUGGUCGAUCGUGAGGAAUCCUUCCGCGAAUAAUGGUCUCCAAGGGCAAGUCGUUAAACUCUUCGGUGGACGGAGACGAAUCCAUAGACGAUGGGGGGACUCAGGUGGAACUGAGGAUGAAGACGCCUCUCAGGAUCCGACUGGCUCGAGUCUUCAGCUUCUCGACCCCGUCGAGUCCUGGAAGUCCAGGAUCUCCGGACAAGAGGUCGCCGGACUCUAGAGGAUCCUGUUCGGCGCAAAACAGUCCUUCCACCAAGUCCAGGUUCCUUUGGAAUCAUGGAACCUCGAGGUCCUCCUACUCUUCGCUCGCGGACGGCAACCGCAACAGCGGCUCUCCGGGAACUCCGACUAUUCGUUCCGCUCCGGAAUCCCCGCACUGUCCGUUUUCCAGCAACCUUCAUGCCGGAAAACCGAGACAACAGCUGGAUCGGUCGGUGUACUGCGAGUCCGAAUCACGGGGCGCCACGGAGAAGGAGGUUCGCGGGGGCGGCGGGGGUGGCGGCGCCCGCACCGGUCACCAGGCCAUCGCCGUCCGGUCCACGGCCUCCGAGAAAGUAAGGGGGACAACCCAGGACCUCUUUGAGCUGCUCGAGAGAGUGCAGAGUUCGCGCCUCGACGACCAGCGUUGCGUCCUUCCUCCGUACUUCUCUCAGGGCUCCAGAGAUGACAGGACGAGCAGCGUGUCGGGUGGCCAACACCCACCCUCGCCAGUCUCCUCCUCGGCGACGACGACGACCUCCCCGUCGGUGUCUCCCUCGCCGGCCGGUGACAUGCCGCUAGGGCGAGUCCUGAUGGAGGCCGCCUUGCAGCAGGCCGCAGCCUCCUCGGGUUCGCAUCAUCCACCCCUGGCGGUCACUCCUCCGGGAUACUGGCUCGACGGGACCGAUCAUCGGCAUGCCCUCGACCUGGCCGGCAGGGCUCUUCUGUCCACGCAGCCGGCCUGGCAACCCAGGAUCGACCAGGACGACACCGCCAAGUGCUACCGGCGCUUCUUCGUCGGCCGAGAGCACGUGAACCUGGUGGGCCGGGACAGCGAGAGCGGCCCCGUAUUAGUCUCGGUGAAGGCGGAGACGGUCGCCGGGCAGGAGCAUUGGCGCGUCCUUCUGCGGCUGCGGACCGGCUCGGCGCACGAAUUGGUACCGGCCUCCACGCUCGGGCCGAGUCCUUCUCCGGCCAAAAUGGUCAAGGUGAUCAACGAGUCGUUGAACGUGAACUCGUUGUUGCCCGUGGUAUGCUCCGGAGCUGGCGCCUUGAUCGCCAGGUACGACGAGCACGCCCUGGUCUCCAGGUUCAAAUUCGGCGUUCUGCACCAGCGGGCUGGCCAGGUCACCGAGGAACAGCUCUUCGGCAACAGGCAGAUGACGCCGGCGUUCCAGGAGUUCCUGGACCUGCUCGGCCAGAGGAUAGACCUGAAGGAUCAUAAAGGUUACCGAGGAGGCUUGGAUACUCGACAUGGCCAAACGGGUGACUCCGCCGUGUACGAAGUGUUCCGAGGCAGAGAGGUCCUCUUCCACGUUGCCUCUUUACUCCCUUACAGUCACGGAGACUCUCAGCAGCUGCAGCGCAAGAGGCACAUCGGUAACGACAUCGUAGCCAUCAUCUUCCAAGAGGAACCGACUCCUUUCAGCCCUGACAUGAUAGCUAGCCACUUUCUUCACGCGUUCAUCGUCGUACAAGUUGUGGAGCCUUGCGGUCCUAACGCCAGGUAUAAGGUCAGCAUCACGGCAAGAGACGACGUGCCCUGGUUCGGUCCUCCAUUACCGACCCCCGCGGUUUUCCUCCGAGGCGUCGAAUUCAAGGAGUUCCUCCUCACGAAGCUGAUCAACGCUGAAAAUGCAGCCUACAAGGCUGAGAAGUUUGCAAAGCUAGAGCUGCGAACGAGGUCAGCUUUGUUGGAGUCUCUGACGGAGGAGCUGCAGGUGAAGACGAACGAGUUCCUGGGAGCUGGAUACGGCAUCGGGGAACCCGGGGUAGCCGGAGUUUCCGGUACCUGUGGAGGUGCCAACAGCGUGGGAGGAGUGUACCCGGUGAGUCCCACCGGGAGCGACGCGUCGACCUCGGCGUCAGGUUCCGGUGGCGGAGGAAGCGGUUCCCGAUUCAUCGACACCGUCCGGAAGGCGCUCAUAUCCCGCGUACGGAACGCAUCCACGGAUAGCGUUCCCCAGCAGCUGGCCAGGAAGACAUCUUCGGAGCCGAGCCCGCCGAGCAAUCGGCAAUCCUCGAAGAACUGCAACAAACGUUCCAUCGAGCCCAUCUCCAGCCCCCUGGGUUCGCCAGAGCUCACCCCGAAGAGGGAUCCUGAUCGUGGCAACCACGAUGGGACCUCUGUCUCCGAUAGCUGCGAAAGCAGCCCCACGAUGUCAGGAUCUCAACAGCAAAGCGAUAAACCUGCGGAAAAUGGCGCCGUCGUUGUUGCAAACGGCUCCACCUGCUCGUCCAUUGUCACUGUCAACGUCGUCGCUCCUAUCGCGAAUGUACCCUUUGCCUCUGGGGCGAAUCACGAAAAGUCUGCGGCCAAUGUCGCUGCUGGGAACAUCGGAUCCAUGGGCACCAUCACUGGGAGCGUCUUUCCUGCCACCUCCUCGAGCUGCCAAUGGCUCAGUCAUGAGAACUUCCGCAAACGGGAGGGAUGCACUAGAGAGGUGGGCGAAAAGUCCGAGGGCCAACGCGUCGUUUCCGAAAGCGACGACAGCUCGCUAAAUAGCGAAUUAGAAUUGGACCAAGCUGUGUACCUUGACAGCGACACGGGGUUAGAAUCGAUGAGCUCUGCAGAGACCCAUGAUGCUACCAGAAGCACGAUCAAAGAUGGCGGGGAGAACGAGACCCUGAGAAUGGAAGUCACCAGGCUGAAGUGCGACAAACUGGACUUGUUGAGGCAAAAUGUGACUUGCCAACGAGAUAUCAAGCGACUUCGGGAGAAGGAGCUGCAGCUGCAGUCCGAUUUGGCCACCGCAUCGAAAGAGAUAUUGCGGUUAAGAGCGAUGUUGAAGGAAUGCUCCACCGUCCCGCUUGACAAUAACAAUCAGCAACAAACGUCCACCGUGUGAACACCCUUGUGGAUAACUUGGGUGAAAUCUUCGACGAGAAGCCGUGGAGUCUAUACAACUCGUUGAGUUUCGAGAGCGGGAAGAGCGUCGCAACGCUCGUCUGAGCUGAAUAGUCAAACGGUUGGACAUCAGGCGAUGUCAUGGUAAGGAUUUAGAGGUCAAUUCUUUAUUCAUGGAGCGAUCUCGAAUUGUUACGAGCGGAGGGAAGGGAGGCUCUGUGCUACGGAAGUAGUUGUCCGCCUUUCGCGAGAAAUGGUUAUCGGCUAAUUUAUAGGUAGUUGUAAGGUGCUCUCAUAGUCAUAGUGGAGAAACGUCCGGCUUCGUCGCGUAGAUGUGAAGUCACAUCCGGAGUGGAAGAUGUACAGACGCUGGUUCCAAUGAUCCUGGAUUUCCUAGAUUUUCGCAGCCUUCGUUCCCCGGCAUCCGAAUGACCGAGCGCAAAAAUGUUCGCAUUGCAUUUCCUGCGAGUGGAUUCCACUUACUUAUUUAUUGCACGGACAAUCAAUGUACGCGCUUGUGCCAGCAGCGAGCGCUCAAGAAAGGUGUCUUUCGUUUUCGGAAAUUCAGAGUCAUUGGUACCACGGUUUGAACGGACACGUUCAAAUCCGUGCUAAAGUCCCCUUAGGAGAAUAUUUAUUUUCUCGUGGAAGUCUAUCGAAGUAUUAACGUCGAAUACGAGGGUCCCACCCUCGUCCUCGACCUCUUUAUGUUUUCUAGAUUCAGUACUCCAAACCUUCGUUGGUAAAACUACCCUUCGGUACUUUGUACGUAGAUAUUAAAUGUUUAGAGAUAAGUUACACCAAAUUUUUUAGAGAAAUAGAAUAGACAUUGCACCACUAACUCUACCGCGUCGCAAUUUUAGCACGGUACCACCGCGAGAGAUCUAAUUCAGAGGUGAAAAUUUCUUCUCUCGUGCGACAUCGAGAAAAGUAGGACGUAGUUUCAGGAGAGGAAGAGAGAGCGAGGGAAGGGAAAGGAGCGAAUGAGCUGCGGGUCCGACCGUCCGCGAAAAUGCCGUCUCAGGAACGAUCAGAAUCCUUUGACGAAAAUAUAAUCCGCUAGAGAAUUUCGUUAUUUCCUGAAAGCCAUUACGCUCGACUUGCCAGGCAAUUCCGAGUAAAAAUCGUAUUAGAGUACUAUCGUAGCGUAGGAGCAAUUUAGGGCAAUAUGGAACUCGGGAGGACUCGAGGGAGAAAUUAUUAAUCUUAAAAGCUUAACAUGUAUCGUGGAACCCGGCGAAUUGUAGCAUGUUAAGGGAAACUGUGCAAAAUUGAGCAAGUCGUGGCGCAUGGCUCGCGCGUACGAGAUCGGCGAGCUGAAAGUAAAUUUUUAACGAACGUUGAGGCCAGAUCAGUAUACGGGGAGUGCGUUGUAUUUUUCGACGUGGUUCAUCUUAAAAGAAUGACUGGACGUGCCAGGCAUUUCCGAGAGUCCGACUGUACAAAACCUAGUAGUUCUUCUUAACCCACCUUCCAGAUGCAUCUUCCAGUUCUCAUCUAUUCCUUCGAUGUGUUUCCUCCUCUAUUGCCGCCGUUGACCUCUGACUUUGCCGAGAAUUCGCGCGUACGCAAGCUUGAGAUAAACGGGGGUCGACCCAUACCUAACGAUACCAAAGUUUAAGGUAGUAAAGAUAUUUUUAUUUUCCUACGUUUCUCCGUUUAUUACACCGAUGUAAGCGUGUAGUUUAUUACUUGCCGUAAGCACGAGCGAGCAAUUAUCGAAGAGGUCAGCCACACGGGAUUUCGACCAAUGGAAGGAGUUUAUUAUUGUUUUUAUUACUAUUAUUCAUUGUUGUCGCCUAGAAAUAAAGAGACAAACCUCUUAGGUCAAUUGAAAAAUGACGGGACACGCUUUAUCCGCGAAGAGAGCCAAUUGAAGCUUAGUAAUAUAAUUAAAUGACCUGGUAAUAUAUAUAAAUAAAUAUAUAUAUAUACGUCAAAAGAUAUUACGAUAAAAUGGAUUCUAAAUCGACCUGGAAGGAUUGACUCCGAAACGGCCUUUGUUGAAGGGCGGUUGAUCUAACAUUCCUAAAUAAUAUUCGGCGAGCGUUCUUUGUACGUCCAAAAAUGCGCGUUUAUUUUUGAGAAGUAUUACCAGCGCCCAGGUAGCAUUUUUAUGCGUCGACGUAGCAUUAAUCUGCAGGGUAAAAAAGAAAAUUAUAAUGCCAUUUUUACAAUUGUAUGAUCCCUUGGACGAAUUUUAUUACGACGAACCGGAUGAUUAAGACCAAAUAUAAGUAACCGAUAUCGGCAUUUUACUGAUAAUCGAAAGUUACACACCUAUUCGCCAUAUGUGUUGAACAUUCAGCUAUCUGGGCGACACAAUGUUUGCUACGUUUGACAUAUCAAGUAUGACUGCUAAAAACAAUAUGCAUCGUGUCCUUCGAGGCUUUUAUUGAAAGCUGCAUCGAACUUACGCUUUUUAACAAUCUUUCUACCAUGAGGCGUCUUCUACUCUUUGAUUCGUCGAUAUUAAUCAAUCGGUCACCUGCCAACAGUCAGCUAACAAUCGAAAUUAGGGAGUCGAAUUUAAAGUGAAUUUAAUAACUUUUCUAACCAAGGGAAAAUAUAUCUAACACAGUGCUAGGAUGCAAUCAUUUUGAACGCGUCGUUUAAUCUACUUAUUUUUCUAACACUGCGGAAUGUGUAACAUGAUGUACAUAUGUGUGCAUAUCUUUUUAUUCGAGUAUAUUUAUUUGUCCUAAUUUAGUGUAAAUCUUUCGACGUAGCAUCAUUAGGUCUUUCAUUCGGAAACUAACUGUUGCUCAUGACGAUUGAGUGUUUCGGAGAGUCAUGGGACUCAUAACUUUGCAACACCAUUUCAACCACUGCCUUAUAUCGUGACACCAACAGACACGUCGCUUUGUUUUUCUGAUUAACGAGAUAGAAAUUUAUUUUUUGCCUAUCACUAGCUCGGUAUGAUCGGUAUAUCGACGUUUCAUCAUAUUUUUACAUACUGUACAUACGUGUAAGAAAAUUCUCUUGUCUAGAACCGUAGAGUAAGACUGUCGCUCUAUCUGAAGUCUAAGCUGAAUUUAUCGAUUCUGACAUGAUUCCUACAUUGGCCUUGUAGUACCGAGGAUCGUAGCUUCAAAGAGGAUAUAUCAUUAUUACAUUGUCAAAGGGAGUCAACAGAUUAGAAAAAUCGAUAGGUAGAAAACCAAAUGUUUGGACAAAGAGAAGAUGUAUGCGAACCGCAAAAUACCCGCGAAAUUAUGUCUGUUUCACGCGCCUGCUGAAAAAAAAAAGUGCAUUUCUACACGUAAUGCACUACACCCUUCCGUAUCCCAUUUCAUGGGUCGUUUCAAUCUCGAUAAUUGAUCUACAUUUCCGACAUUCAAUAUUAAGACAGAGGAGAGAUGAACCCUAUAAGAUCUGUGUAAAAAAAUCUAAUUCCGGACAGCGCAUACCGAUGUUGACGAGGCAGAUCAUGUUUUAAUGUUCAAAUGUCUAAGAUUUGUACAAUAAAGAAAAAUAGUGCACGUG